AUGGUCCUUGGCUCUGGAGUCUAUCGGAUCGGUUCCAGCGUAGAGUUCGACUGGUGUGCCGUUCGCUGUGUGCAGGUAUUGCGCGAACUCGGUUGGUCGACGAUAAUGCUAAAUUGCAAUCCGGAAACUGUUUCUACCGACUAUGAUAUGUGUGACCGCCUAUACUUCGAUGAGUUAUCCCUCGAACGUGUGCUCGAUAUUUACGAGUGA